AAAGAUUGGGGUAUUUACUGCUGAUCAAGCAUCAUCUCGGUAAAUGCAAGAGCCGUCCUUUGCGCAGCAUCUGAGCCGUAGAGAAAAAAAAACUAUGCGGUAAGAGCACAUGCAUGCUCCCGCAAGGUGACAUCAGCUCUGCAGUAGUGAAGGUCCAGCAUCGUAACCCCCAUGGCUCCAGAUGCCAUUUUGGCAGGCCGGGGUGCACGUCCAUUGGCGCACGCGACCGCAAACCAACUACAUACAUGCACCGCAUGUCGCGCGCGUCAUCCGCCCAGUCUAUCAAGGUGCUCAGGUGAGCCAGAGGCGCAGCUACGGUAUCCAAUCCUCCCUGUUUCUGUAUCGCAGCACGGGGUGCGUAAGAACAGCACAAGUCCCAGCUCAUAUAGAGAAAUAGAUCCGAACGACGUGGUGAGAAUAGAGUGGAGAAAACAGCCAGAAAUCAUUCAGAUGAGGAGAGCUAUGGGUGGCUUUUCUCUUUUCUUCGUUCUGCCCAUCCCCUCACACGCAGAAGCAGAGUCGCGUGCUCACGCUCUAGCAGCUUGUUCGCUGCGCAAGGUGGCACCGGGUGGGCUUUGGCUGAGGGCGUCUCGUCGCUGCACGUGGAGGCGGGCCAGCGUCGAGAUUGGCUCUGCCUGCGACGAAAAGAAGGGUCCGGUUGCUCGGAAUACUAGGCGGGAGCUAGACGCAAAAGCCAGAUGCCAGCAAGCCACCGCUGUUGGCGGGGAGAGGCGAGAGGCGGGAGGCGAGAGUCGGACAAGACGGUUCAUCUGCGCCAGUCCAGACCCUCCCUUGCUGCAGGCCGAUGGCGAUGAGGGUUUGCAGAUGCGUCUCUGUGGUUGGUCGAUGCUGCGAGCGUUGCACCGCUAGGCCGUCUGUGGAGACGGCUGGAUCGCAUCUCGGACAAAUAUAUUGGAUCAGCAGGAUCCUGGACUGUGCCAUCAAGCUGCGAGAGCCGUGGAGAAGACGGGCAGUAUGGAUCACGGAAGAGAGCGAUUUAAAUGAAGAGCUGGAGAGGUAAUAUGGGAUGUAAUAGACUAACGACCGGGGGGCAUACGAUAUU